AAAAUUCAAUCGUGCACGGUGAACUCGUGCAGUGUCAUUCUGUUUACCUUUUCAUUCUUCAUUCAUAUAUUCCCUCUUCAAUUGAACCCCAAACUAAAUUCCAUUCCCUCUCUCUUUUCUUUCUCUGUAAAUCCAUUCAACAAUGGCGCUUCUUCACCACCUAACCAAGCCCAAAACCAUAAAUACCAUCCUCCGCCCCUUCACAACCCAUUCCCCACAUCCCUUCUCCACCGAUUCCUCCAAAACUCUAACAAUCGAAACCAGCAUCCCCUACAAAUCCCACAUAAUCGAACCCCCAUCUCGCUCAAUCGAUACAUCGCCCUCCGAACUCAUGAAAUUCUUCCGUGAUAUGGCUCUUAUGCGUCGUAUGGAGAUCGCAUCCGAUUCUCUUUACAAAGCGAAAUUAAUUAGAGGUUUUUGCCAUCUUUAUGAUGGUCAAGAAGCUGUCGCGGUUGGUAUGGAAUCCGCAAUCACGAAGAAAGAUAGUGUAAUUACAGCGUAUAGAGAUCAUUGUAUUUAUCUUGCUCGUGGUGGGACUCUUCUUGGUGCGUUUGCGGAAUUGAUGGGAAGACAAGAUGGGUGUUCGAGAGGAAAAGGUGGGUCGAUGCAUUUUUAUAAAAAGGAUUCUGGGUUUUUUGGUGGACAUGGAAUUGUUGGUGCUCAAGUUCCAUUGGGGAUUGGACUUGCUUUUGCUCAUAAGUAUAAUAAAGAGGAGAAUGUGAGUUUUUCAUUGUAUGGAGAUGGUGCUGCUAAUCAAGGACAAUUGUUUGAGGCUUUGAAUAUGGCUGCGCUUUGGGAUUUGCCUGCUAUUCUUGUUUGUGAGAAUAAUCAUUAUGGUAUGGGAACUGCAGAAUGGAGGGCAGCAAAGAGCCCAGCUUAUUACAAACGUGGGGAUUAUGUCCCUGGAUUAAAGGUUGAUGGUAUGGAUGUAUUGGCCGUGAAGCAAGCUUGCAGAUUUGCUAAGGAAUAUGUUUUGAAGAAUGGGCCUAUUAUCCUUGAGAUGGACACUUAUAGGUAUCAUGGACACUCCAUGUCUGAUCCUGGAAGCACUUACCGAACCCGUGAUGAGAUAUCUGGAAUAAGACAAGAACGUGAUCCUAUUGAGAGGGUUAGGAAACUGAUAUUAGCCCAUGAUAUUGCCACUGAAAAGGAGUUGAAGGAUAUUGAAAAGGAGGUUAGAAAAGAAGUAGACGAAGCUAUUGCUAAGGCUAAAGAGAGUCCCAUGCCGGAUCCCUCUGAGCUUUUUACAAAUAUCUAUGUGAAAGGUUACGGGGCAGAGUCAUUCGGCCCCGACAAAAAAGUUCUCAGAACUACACUACCAUGAGCAAAGCUUGAUUUUCUAAUUUAAAUAAAAAAGUGACGAGAUGGAAAUCUCAAAAUAAAAGGUUUUGAUCCAAUUUUUUUUGGCGUGUGCUAUUUCUAUUGUUGUAUAGGUUUUCCUCGCUCUUAUUGAUCAAGGCAACCACCUAAUUGCAGUAGAUAACAACACAGCUUUGGACUCAUAACAUGUAUUCGUUUGCAGAACUUAACGUGUGCUCAGAAUUUUUUUUUGAUAUGUUGCUUUGAUCACAACUAUAUACCAAGUCCAAAGUUUGACUUCUCUAUGCUAAUUCCCGUUAUACGAAUAAGAAGCGAAAAUAUUGCUUCUGGCACAAAAGAACUGGUUGAUUAUUGUGUUAUUUUUCUUUUACUUGAUAUUUUACCUUAACCUCAUUUUAUGAGCC